ACUUUUCGUUUCUUUACAGUAAAAAUAAGUACACCAGUCUAAAGACGACGACGACAACAACAACAAAGAUGGUGAAAAUAGGUCUACAGAUUAAAGCUCUUCUUGAGAAUAUAACAAAUUUGAAAGCAGAGGGUGAGGACUUCAGGUGGUUUAUCAGAUUGAAAUGUCUCAACUGUGGAGAAGAAACAGCAAAAUUUGAAUAUUUGACCCUAGAGGAGAAUGCUCCAUUAAAAGGUGGUAGAGGGCAUGCCAGCAUGGUGAUAAAGUGUAAACUAUGUAGCAGAGAGAACUCCAUUGACAUAAUGCGUGAUACCAUAACAGCAUACAAUGCAGAAGAUUCCAACAAGUUUAAAACCAUUGUCGUGUUUGAUUGUCGAGGAGUUGAACCAAUUGAUUUUUCACCGAGAGUUGGUUUUACUGCUGAAGGAGAAGAGACUGGUACUAAAUUUCCUGAAGUAGAUUUAAAGGAAGGGGAAUGGGUAGACUAUGAUGAAAAGAAAAAAGAAUCUGUGUCAGUUACGGAAAUUAAACAUCAAUUUGUGACUGUAAAGUGAAUAAAUACUUAUGAUAUAUGUUUUUAAUAUAUUGUUCAACAGAAUAGACAGAGAGCUGUGUGUUUGACUGGUUUUAACACCAUACCUGAUCCAUGAUAAAAUUAACAAUUGUUGAAAAAAGGUUAUAAAAUUCAAAUUUAAACGUAAUUUAAUGAUUGUAUUUUCUUUUGAAUGGAAUGUUAUUUGAUAUGAAGUUGGUUUCCUUCUUUGUGUGAAAUAACAGAAAUGAUAGCAUGUUAAAAUUCAAAUUUAAAUGUCAUUUGAUGAUUAAGAAAAAUUGUUUGAUACAAGUUUAAAUGUGAACAAAGAGGAAUGAUAGCAUUUGAAACUUUACUUCCUGAUUUAAUUUUGUCGUGUUUAACCCAAUAAACCAGGCAUUAAUUUAUAUAGAAUAUACUGAAAAGUUUUGCUCAAUGAAUAUAAUACAUUGCUUAAUAAAUAUAAAUUUUAUUUAGUACAUGUCAUACUUCUUGUGGAAAAAGAUGGCAAUAAUAAAGAUUUCACAAAAUAAUAAAUGCGCAACCCAUUGAAUAUCAUAGAUCAAGUGCAUGAUUUUAUUGUGUAAAGUAGAAUAAAAUAUUGUUUAUUUUAAUGGAUAAUAAAUCAUGAUUUAACAGGAAGCUGGCCUGUUUAUUCUUAACCUGUAGAGUGAAAACAUGCGAGGUUUCUAGACUCAGCAAUAAAUUAAUUUCACACUUUUGAACAUUCAGACAUUUCAUUUCAUAUCUGAAAAAAUUGAAAAAUACUGAAAUAUUCAACAUACUUCUUUAUUUGUAACCGAGGACAGUUUGGGAAGACAAAACUUUGAGCAAACAUCAUUUUCGGUAGAGAACAAUUUAGCAGACGACAUUUCCCCAAGCAUUCUUAAUUGUUCAGCAAACAAAUCAAAUAAGCUAAUUUCUCAGCAUGGUUAAUUAUAUGUCACAUAUUUCACUUACAACACAUCAAUAGUUAUUAUGUUAUUGAAUUACUAAUUUUGCCAUAAAAUUCCACAUUUAGUUUUUCUUUUAUGUAGUGAGACAGCAAUAGAAGAAAAGAAAAUAGAUGUGUAACGCAUUUUAUUUGCCUUCAAAAGGAUUUAAUGCUAUCAUGUAUUUAUUAUAUUCACUUAACAUGUAUACUUCCUAGGAUAGAAGUAAAAUGUAUGAAGAAAA